AUGUCCGAGAUGGCCACCAGUCGCGUCAGCCCCGUUCGGCCGCCCGUUCGCCUGACCCCCACGGACCCCCCAGCGCUUCCCAAUCCACGCACGCCCUCUCCAAACCGACGCGCCCUCCCGAAUUACCAAACGACCGAUCCCCUACUUCGAAAUUUGUCCCCCGAAUCCACCCUGAAGGCCCUCUCCUCGACCGACGCCGUCCUCACGAACGAACAAGCUGCCCACGACAUUCUCUCCAAAAGCAUCUCGCAGGUGUCUCAAGCGGAACGAGCUCUCGGUAUUCGCGCUGCUAUCGCGGCGCAGAAUCUGAGUCUCUGGUACAAAGAGAUCCAGACGUGGGAUUGGCCGAAACGCACCGACGUCCAUCUGGGAAAGGGGUUCGUUCCCCCCUCACCCCCCGCGUCGACUGCUCCACCCGUGCCGGAGCAUUAUGGCAGUCUACCCGCCGCUGUCGUGGUACAGCAUGAGAAACGCAUCGAGGAGAUUCGGGAUGGAAUGGACGGGUUGGACGUCGAUGAACUCAAAGAGCAUGUGUUAAAUGCCCACAUUCCAUCGCGGUCUCGGCCCUCGUCAUCCAAUAGUACGAUGUCCGUGCCCCCGCCCCUCAGCUACAACCAACUAAGCGAUUUCACUGCGGUGAUCACCGCCACAAUUCUCCGUGCCCUCCCUCUGCUCUCCCGCCUCAACAGUCUCCUGUCCACCUGGGAUGUUCGAUUAUUAGUCCUCCGCCAGGUCUCCGGCUUGCUGCGCAGCUUGUCCCUUGCUCGCUCGGAGUUAGAUGCCGCCCUGGCAUUGCUCAAAUCACCCGAGAUCCCGACCGAAACUGAUGCCCUGUAUUCCAGGGUCAACUACCAUGCCAAGCGCGCCCAAUUGGAGGCCACCGUCCUCUCGGCCGGCCGUAGAAUGGAUCGUAUGCUCGAUGCACUGGAGGGCCGCGAGGAUUCUCUCCCUGAAGACUGGAUCGACGAUCUGGAAGCCAUCGAGUCGGGUUUCGGGUCUUGGGUUAUGGAAGCCGAGCAACGCACCGUCGCAAACGAAUGGCAGCGCAUGAUGAACGCUAAGAAAGAAGAGGCGCAAGCGACAUCGUCUAAUCAUUCUUCUCCGGAGCCUGUCGUUAGUCAACCCGAGCCUAUCUGUACAGCUGGUCAUUCCCUGGCGAUGGAGACCAUUCAGGAGGAACCCGGGAGUCCCCUUGGAUCCGUAUUUUCCAACGCCAACAAGGACGACCAGCUUCCUUCCAUGCCCCAGAUCGACGAAGUCAUUCCCGCUACUACUUCUGGCGCUCAUGAAACGGUACCGUCAGUCCAUGAAGAAUCUCCGCUCGACUCAGAACCUACCGUUAUUCAAGCAGAGGAAGAUCAAGUGCUCAGCUCUUCAUCCACACCGGAAGAGCCUACCGAUGAGGCCCUCGGCGAUGAUCUGCCAACACCCACCGUACAGAAGCAGACCGAGGAAGUUGUUGUGGAUGGGGAACAACUGGAAGAACUCCCACGUGCCCCUGAAAUGACGGAACUACCUCCUUUGAAAGAAGAGAAAGUUGUUUCGCCAGCUCUUGAGGAUGUACGCAUGGAAGAAAACCUACCUCAGAAUGUUGUCGACACGAAGGAGUCUUCUGUUCCGGAGAGUACUACUGUCGAGACAGAACAAUCGCUGGCUCACAGUGAUGAGUCAAGUUCAUCGUCGCUUCCCGGACCCCUUCAACCAUCAGAAAUCUCGACAAUGCAGGAGAAGGAUGAAAACAUCGCCCCUCUGAGUUCAACCCCAGUGGCUGAUGAUCUGCCUUCUCCAAACCAAGAGCCAGAAAUGACCCCAGCUGAUACCUCGGAGAAUAACAAGAACACCGCAAACCCUAGCGACCAUCUCGAUCGACCAUCUACCUCACCAGUCGAGCGCGAAGAAAUCUCGUCUCCCAGCGCCCCAACUCAGCGUUCUGUUUCUAGGACCCCCGAGUCGGUGGUGAUCAAGCGUGCUCCAGUGGCCUUGUCUCAAACGGCCAGCCCUCUGUCGAUGUCUCACAAGCCCACUGCGUUGCCUGAUAAUGACCAAGACCUCGUAACACGUGAAUCCGAGGACAGCUCACCCAAGCAACCUUUGGAGAGUCCGAUCAAACUCUCCAAGAGUCGACCCGGACGCUUAGAGCUUGACAAAGACAAAGCGCAACCUGGUCGACGAGCGUCUAAUGUUUCUGCUGGGUCCUUCUCUGAGACGGACUACCCGUCUCUCAUCUCUAGUCCCGAGAUUCGUGAACCACGAACUGGCUCGUCCAACGGAACACCUCGCUUCCUCGAGACCCCUCCUCAGUUUCAGCCUCAGUAUCGCGCACCUGGCCCCAUGCCUUCCAACAAUGACCACACUCUGCGGGAAGACCGUCUCUUUCGUUUGGCUAGCGCGAAGGCAUCUCCACGCUUGGCCGUUAAUCACAACCGCACCCUAAGUCUUCCCUUGCAGCGGUUCAUCAACGAGAGACUAGAAUUGGACUUUGAGAACGAGCCUACAGUCGAGGUCGAUGAUGCGGCUCAUACCCCAAGAACCGCGAGCCCACCUGUCGAUGCCACUCCCAGAAAUGAUCGGCGAGCAGCGACAGGACGGUCGCGCAGUGAUCGAUGGCCCGCGCCUGGAAAGAACGCACGCCGGUCUUCUGGCCAGCAACCUGCAAAUUCUCGGGAAGAAAGCUCUACGCCAGAACCGACUGCACCUAUGGGAAGGGUCGUAAAGACCCGAGAACAGAACAAGAAGUCUUUCGUCAAAAGCUCGAAUCAAAAGGUUCUGGGAACAGAGCCUGCCGCACACCAGACGACGACUCGGUUGCGGAAGACGUUGACUGCGCACCCCAGUCUUGAAAGCAUUGGUGCUUACAAGUCGAAGCCCCUUGUCGAAAAGGCCUCGGUGAGCUCCAAACCAGGAUCUCGAUCUUCUACUCCAAUCAGUCAAUUAAGGAAACCUAAGGACUACUUGGAUGAGAAAAUCAGCUCCAUUCUCACUAACCUCCCAACGCGAAUUCAUCUCAUGUCAGCCGAGGAGCGUGAGGCCGAUGAUGCUGAUGUAAUGUCGUCUUUGCCUAUGAAGGCGAGAGAGCGUUUUCGUUCUGUAUCCCCGCAAGGCAUGGCCUCGCGCAGUGGCAUACCCACUCCGUCUCUAACCCUAACGCCCGCGCCUUCUCGCAGAAGAUACUCGCAUGCGCAUGCUCCAGAGGAAAGCUCUGUGAAGCUAUACCAUUUGCAUCGAGGUGGGAAAUCUGCUCCGACCAAACUCUUUGUUCGCUCUGUCGGAGAACACGGAGAGCGGGUGAUGGUACGAGUUGGGGGUGGCUGGGCCGAUCUGGCUGAGUACCUGAGAGAAUAUGCUAUGCACCAUGGACGCCGACACGUCUCCGAAACGCCACUCGUUGAGGUUCAGGGCCUCUCAUCUCGUGAAUCCACGCCAAGUUACUCGCCGCCCGGAAGCCGAUUAACACCUGCUAGCAACGGCCGAACCACCCCGUCUCGACCGCGGUCUGUCAUGAGCAAUAGACCGUCCUCCUCGUUGGCGGUUCGCAAAACACGACGGGCUUCGAAUGUCUCAGAUAUGACCGACUUCAGGGCAGCCAGCGCUGGCGAGGCUCUGAACGUCUCGGUCUCUCCCAAGUCCAUGGUCUCUCGCAGAAGACUGUCGGCUUCCUCUAACGCUUCCUUUGGCGCGACGUCCUGUGUGAGUGAGAUCCGUCACGGGUCAUCUCCUUCCACCACCAUCGGUGGUAGCUCUCACUCUAUCCCGCUUGGUCUCGCAGGGCCCAAACCUCGGUCUAGACAAGUUUCUAUGACGCCGGAAAGUGAGGCAUGGGUGGAGGAUGUUCUCGGACAGGCCCGGCGAAGCUCGUCCUUGCGGCCAUUCACAUAUGGUCUACCGCCCCAAGAACAAGAACAACUCGCCCCCAAACCCUUGUCUUUACCCAAGUCCAGAAGUAUCAGUGACCUUGGAAAAGCCGGUUCUAGCAAGCGGAUCGCUCUCCGCGGUCUCGGAAACCGGUGA